CCCAAAAGUAGCCAGCAAACUCUCUCCAUCCCUGCCUCCUUCCCUGCUCUGUUCAGAUGUGGUACCCUGACAUUAGCAUGUGUACCCUGACAUUGCACAGAAAGCAGGAGGCUCCUCGGGCUGGUGGGGAAGCUCCAAGAAAGAGGGCAGGAGCAACACGGCAGUACUUACAGGGACAGAUGAAGUGCUGGCACUUGACAGCCUCCUGUCAGGAUCACCUGUUAAAGGCUCCAAGAUCUAACAGUAGAUCCCGAUCUACUGGUUGGUGGCCACUGCCGAACAUGUAGGUUUAUCUUCUGACAAAAACAUUAAAAUUCUAUUUUAACUAUUUGUUUCUAUUGAUUUUAUAUUGUGAAUGUGCUUAUGAUACUUUUUACUAUAUUUUUUUUGUUAUAAACAGUAAAAGCAUCAUUCCAGAAUGUCAGAGAACCAGCCACACAGCAGUACUCAGAUAUCAGAACCCAGUACCAAUGGCUUACCUUGGAGAAAACUGUCCUCAAUAGAAAAGCCAAAGUUUCCUGAAGAAGCUACUGUGACCUUUCACAACAUCUGCUACAGAGUGAAAGUGAAGAGUGGCUUUUUAUUUUGUCAAAAAGCAAUUGCUAAACAAAUUUUGAAAGAUAUCAAUGGCAUUAUGAGACCCGGUCUUAAUGCAAUUUUGGGACCCACUGGAAGUGGCAAAUCUUCGCUAUUGGAUAUUAUAGCUGCAAGGAAAGAUCCUCAUGGGCUAUCUGGAGAGAUUUUGAUAAACGGAGCUCCUCGGCCUGCCAACUUUAAAUGCAUCUCCGGAUAUGUUGUACAGAAUGAUGUGGUUAUGGGGACUCUGACAGUGAGAGAAAAUUUUGAGUUCUCAGCUGCACUCCGUUUGCCAAGCAUUGUGCCCGAACAGGAAAAGAAGGAACGAGUUAACCAAAUCAUCAGGGAACUGGGUUUGGUUAAAGUUGCAGAUUCUAAGGUUGGCACCCAGUUUAUUCGUGGGGUUUCUGGGGGAGAGAGAAAAAGGACCAAUAUUGGAAUGGAACUUAUUACUGAUCCUGCAGUCUUGUUCUUAGAUGAACCAACUACUGGGUUGGAUGCCAGCACUGCCAAUGCUGUCUUACUGCUCCUAAAAAGGAUGUCAACUCAUGGGAAAACAAUAGUCUUUUCAAUCCAUCAGCCCAGGUUCUCCAUAUUCAGAUUGUUUGAUAGCUUGACGUUACUGGCUGCAGGAAAACUGUUGUACCAUGGCCCUGCUCGGAAUGCUCUACAAUACUUCAAAUCUAUUGGCUAUGAAUGUGAGCCAUACAACAAUCCUGCUGAUUUUUUUCUGGAUAUCAUUAAUGGAGACUCAACUGCUGUGACAUUCAGUAAAUCAGAAUCUGUCAAUCAAUGGAAUUUAUCAGAAACCAUUGAAGAGGUGAGAGCUGAUAAGACUAUUGCUGAGAGAUUAGCAGAGCUGUUUUCCAGUUCCCUUUACUACAAAGAAACAAAAGCAGAAUUAGAGAAACUGUCUUUGAAAAAUAAAAGGAGGAUGAGUGCAGAUUUCCAACAAAUAACAUACAGCACUUCCUUCUUACACCAGCUCAAGUGGGUGUCGAGACGCACAUUUAAAAACUUGAUAUAUAAUCCACAAAACUCCACGGCCCAGCUGUGUAUUACAACUGGUCUUGGAGUAGUUGUAGGAGUCAUUUUCUCUGGAAUAAAAAAUGAUUCCAGUGGCAUUCAAAACAGAGUUGGUGCUUUAUUCUUUUUGACCACCAAUCAGUGUUUGAGCAGUGUUACAACCAUAGAACUUUUUGUCACAGAAAAAAAGAUAUUUAUACAUGAAUAUAUCAGUGGUUACUACAGAGUGUCUGCAUAUUUUUUCUCAAAGAUAAUGGCCGAUCUAAUACCCAUGAGGACUUUACCAGGCAUCAUCUUUACCUCUAUAAAUUAUUUCUUAAUAGGUUUCAAGCCAACUAUUGAGGCCUUCUUUAUCAUGAUGGUUACCCUUAUACUAGUCGCCUACACAGCCAGUUCUAUGGCUCUGGCUAUAGCAACGGGACAAGACGUUGUGGCUGUUGCCAAUCUCCUCAUAAGUAUUUGCUUUGUUUUUAUGAUUAUUUUCUCUGGCUUGCUGGUAAAUCUCACAAGCAUCGAAUCUUGGAUUUUCUGGCUGAAAUAUUUCAGCAUCCCUCGAUAUGGCCUGACAGCUUUGCAAAUUAAUGAAUUUACAGGUCUAAACUUUUGCCAGAACGCCAGUGUUACUGGGGUCAAUGUAAGUUGCCUGACUUCUAGUCCAUUUACAAUCUGCACAGGAGAAGAAUAUUUGAAAAUACAAGGCAUUGAAGUUUCAGCUUGGGGCAUGUGGAGGAAUUAUGUGGCUCUUCUGUGCAUGACAUUAAUCUUCCUUACUAUUGCGUAUUUGAAACUGCGUUUCCUGAAGAAGUUCUCUUAAUUCAGAUGAGUUAACAAGCAUUUAAUAUAACACAAUGCAAUGUGAUUUUAAUAGUGAAUGGCCUAAAAUGUUUAACAUUUUCAAAGAUUACAUUAAAGAUUUUGAUAACUAUGUUCAGUUUGUACUAGAUCUCAUGGGCAUAAAAACAGCAAAGGAGUGCUGACAGCUUACAAUUUAGGCUCAGGAUUUCCAGGGACCAUGAAAUGCUGUAGAAGUCCCAGAACAGAAGGGAGAUGUAAAUAUGCGUAAAUAUGCUCUUCUAUUUGACAUCGUAAGGUGACAAAGGCCUACUCUGCAUUAUUGACAGAGACAGGCAGCUAGCUCAGAAAGCACUUGAAAAAUAUCAAAACUUGUUUACCUACAAAUACGUAGUUUAAAAUGCUAUAAAGUGAAUUUGAAUGAGAAUUUUGUUCUCUUAUGUAAUGCAGAUCCUUAGUACAGGAAGGCAGGGCAGUAAGUGACAUUGAGUAGGCCUUCACUUUACUUUGAACACUACCAAAGGGGAGGAUUGGUAUGGUCUUACAGCUGUAUUUUUUUAAUUUUUGAAACUGAAUUAGAGGAUAAGAAGAAAGGGAAAGAAAGAAGCAACUUGUCAAAUAUAGGACAUUCAUUAUACUGAGACAGAUUUAAAUGCAGCUUAUUUUUGUCCGGAAUACUCAUACAUGGUGGUAUUCGUAAGUAAAAUCUUUAUUAGGAAAUAAAGCGCUCAGUAUUAUAGAGCAAAAAAUCUUUGAUAACACUGGAAGACUUACAUAAUUAACAGCUUCCUAAUAAGACCAAAUGUUAAUUCAAAGACUUUACAUUUACAUAGAAGAAACCCUUUACUCUAGAAACAAAGUUACAGUUACAAGAAAAUCUAAACUUAAAAUAAGACAUGUAUAACACAUUUGUCUAGUUGCCAUGUAUUUAUUGCAUGGCACAUUGUCAAUACACAUGGGUACUCCUUGAAAGCUUAUUGCACUUCAAAAUGAAGUUUGUUAUUAAGUAACGACACGUUACAGAUAUAUAGAUGAAUAUAGCUAUGAAUACAAACAUUUUGGUUUUCAUAAUUAACAUACUAAGAAAAUUGUUCAAUAUUAGUUUAGAAAAGGUACAAGUUUUAUAACACAUUUUAAACCACAGUGAUAGCUGUAGUGUUUUGAAAAGGCACAGCUAACAAACACUCUCCCCAUGCAAAUUUCCUUAGUUCUUUAGCAUAUUGUAGCAAUAGACAUACAACACAUCUCAUCUUUAUAAAAAAAGAUCACUUUACCUGAGCACUAGCAACCUUUCAUGUGAAGCCAAAUCAUUUGGUCAGAUGAUUGGUUUUAAACUUUAAAUAUAUGCCACAUAAUACCAUAUCUGGCCUUUUGAUACUCUUACUACCUAACAGACCAAGUGCUAAUAGCCUAGAGCUGUCAGGGUCCCUAGAGCUUUGAGCCACUUUGGGCUUCGGUGGGCCCCACACACCUGAGAGCCACAGUGCCAGCAGUAUUGGAUCCCUCUUCCCUCCUGCAGCAGGACUCAGGCUCUCAUCCCCUCAUCAACCCCCUUUUGCCAGUUAUUUUUAGUAAGUCAGGAACAAAUCAGGGCUUCCCAUACAUUUUUGUUUACUGGUUGUGACCUGUCCCUGCCCUUUACUGAAAACAACAGUGAUAAAAUCUUAACCUGAACUAUUCUGCUGUAAAUUCAUUUGGAUUAAUUUCUUAUCUAUUUGGCAGUGGUGGCGCUUGACCACCACUAUUGGGAAAUUUCAGCUCUCUGUAGGGGAGAAGUCCUUUCAUCUGAGAUAUCGAACAUGCACUUUCUUGUAAACAUAUGAAAAGUUUUGUUUUUAUCAAGGUAAAGUGCUUGAUCAUAUGGAAUGGUCUUAGAUGACAAUGUAAUGUAACUACACGUGCUUGAAAACGAAUUUUUGGAGUUGUAUUUGAUCCAAUAGCAAACCAAAAAUACUAACACGAAAUAUAAGGUACUCAGGGUUAUUUAUCCGAGGCA